CAGUUGUUGUCUGCUUGUUCCUUCUUCUUACAAUUUUCCCGCCAUGAAAUCAAUGGAGAUCGACGCCGAGAAAAAUCUCCAGAGAAAGCAAUCUAACUACACCUCUUUGGAUGAGACAUUUAUGAUGCAAAAUGAGACCUAUAGAGGCCAACAAUACAGUCAAAUUUACUUUGCUCGCCUCCACCUCAUGAGAACUUUACUCUACUCUCUUGUGCCCCACUGGAAAUCUCAUGUACCAGUUUGUACAGUUUUGGGACUGGAAGAAGGGAAAGAAUGCAUCAUUGUCGGCACGCUGUUUAAGCAUAUGAAACUCAAACCUUGUAUUCUUGAUGAGUACUCUAAAGAGCGGUCUGCAGUUCCGUUGGUGAAGGCUCACAAUUUUAUGCACGCAGAUGACCAUUUGGUCCUGGAAGACGAGAGUGGAAGAGUUAAGCUUGGAGGUGACAUGCUUCCACCUUCAGCUUAUGUGACAGGCCUUGUUGUCGCAUUGCAUGGAAAGGAAACUGAUGCAGGUGACUUCCAGGUUUUAGAUGUCCUUGAGCCGGGUCUGGCACCACAGAUAGAUCUGCCACUUCAGUCAAGAGAGGACAAGUAUGUUGUUUUUGUUUCCGGGUUGAGUGUUGGGAGCAGCGCAUCCAACCCUCUCCAGUUUCAGCUUCUUGUGGAUCACAUAACAGGAUAUCUAGGAGAUGAAAAGGAACAAGGUAUUGCAGCAGAGAUAGUUCAUGUUGUGAUUGCAGGGAAUUCAGUUGAAAUUCCACGUCAACCUCUUAAUGGACAGAGUUUGGCUUCAAAGGAGCAAUCAAGAUUAUCUGAGCCGGUCAAAGAGCUGGAUAUCUUUCUGUCACAGAUUGCUGCAGGUGUGUCUUUGGAUAUCAUGCCUGGAUCCAGUGAUCCAGCAAACUAUUCUUUACCUCAGCAGCCUCUGCACAGAUGCCUUUUCCCGGGAUCAGCAGCUUAUAAUACUUUUAGAUCUUGUACUAAUCCUCAUUCCUUUGAGCUUGAUAACGUUAGGUUUCUUGGAACGUCAGGUCAGAAUAUUGAUGAUCUUGAAAAAUAUUCUGAGGCAAAGGAUAAGCUGGAAUUUAUGGAAAGGACAUUAAAAUGGAGACAUCUAGCUCCAACAGCCCCUAAUACUCUUGGUUGUUAUCCUUUCACUGAUAAGGAUCCUUUCUUGAUUGAGAGCUGUCCUCAUGUGUAUUUUGUUGGAAAUCAGGAGAAAUAUGGAACUCGCCUGUUAAAAGGUUCAGAAGGGCAGUUAGUAAGAGUCAUUUCAAUUCCAAAAUUCUGCGAAACUGGAGUUGCUGUCAUGCUGAACAUGAGAAAUCUCGAGUGCCACACUUUUAGUUUUGGGACUCAAUUUGACUCGUCAUGACUAGCAUGCAGGAAUUGGUCAUGCAAGCUUAGACAUUUUUUGUGCGCGGUAUGCAGAAUGGGGUAAAUUGUAAUGAAGUUGCGGAGGUUCUCAAGAUUAAAAGAGAGAUUCGAGGUAGUAUUAUAAAUAUAUAAUGUGUUGUUCUUAACUGCAUUUUACUAUGUAACGUAACCUCCAUAAUUCGGAGAAUUAUGGAUUAUUUGUAUCUUUUGUGUAAAACUGGAUUACAUACCCAUAGUAUCAGUCUAGAAAUGUUUUGCAAAUUUAUGCAGAUUAAUAUGAAGAAAAUCUUGAAAUUUGGAUACA